AUGGCUCUCUCCUCGCAGCCGACCGCUGAUCUAGCUCCUCUGCCUCGAGCGGACGGAUCAGCAACUUUUUCCCACAAAGGCUUUGUCGUCACGGCAGCCGUCAAUGGUCCCGUGGAAGCUCCCAGACGAGAUGAGAAUGCCUUUGAAGCGCUUGUCGAUGUUGUUGUUCGGCCAGCAGCAGGUGUAGGAGGCACCGCGGAGAGGCAGUUAGAAUCUAUUCUGCAGAGCACGCUCCGGCAGCUCAUUCCCAUCAGGGAUUUCCCAAGAACCAUGAUCCAAAUCACCCUCCAAAUUGUCGAGAUUCCUGAGAAUGCUUAUGAAAAUGCUAAAAUUUUGCAGGCCCAGCUGAACCUCCCAGUCAUACCCGCUCUGUUGCAUGCAGCUAUCCUGGGCCUCCUCACCGCUUCUAUUCCAUUAAAAUCUAUUGUCACGGCAUGCACUGUGGCUAUCACAGAGGACGGCGCUUCAACUGGGCGUGUCAUUCUGGAACCGACCGCCAUUGAAGCACGCCGUGCCAAGUCACUUCAUGUAGUUGGUUUCACAGGCGACGGUGGACUCCUUCUUUCUGAGAGCACCGGUUCAUUCUCUGUCGAAGAAUUGGCUAAAGUGCUAGAGCUCGGCGAGAAGGCCUGCUCCAGAGAUCACAAGGACGGAACUGAUGUGCUGAUGGAGGAUGACGAGAUCUCAUCGUCCAGCAUCAGGUACUUCAUUCGAUCAGUGAUGCAAGCCAAGUCUGCCAAGGACCUCCACUGGAAGUGA